AUGAUCGUCAACGGGCUCAUUUUAGCCAUUAGUGGCACGGUCCUCGCCGCGGUGGUCCCCAUCAACAAGGUCCCCGUUGCGCGGGCCUUUGACCGCAGCAAUGCCCUGUACGCGAACUGGCCCAGCUACGACGAGCUGCCCCUGGACAAGUCCUAUCCCAGCAAGGCUGCCUGGGGCGUCUGGGGAGCCGACGACGAGCUCGGGGCCCUGAAUCACAUCACCAACGAGACCAUCCUGGCGGCAGCCGCCGAGGUCAAGCUGGGCCAGGCGAUACCGCUCAAUCUACGCCUGGGCCUCCCCGACCCUCCAGCGAACCCCAGCAGGAAGCCUCUCCUGCACCUUUUCCAGCCUGGGCCGGGAUAUUCAGAUGAUGUCAUCACCCUCAACACGCAAAUUUCGACUCAGUACGACGGCCUCCGGCACUUUCCUUACUCCACCAACAAUAGCAUCGACACGUACCAGUGGUACAACAACCUCAUCGCCGACUACAAUGACGUGAUUGGCCCGGCCCCGUCAGAGGUACUCGGGAUCCAGGUCGCGGCCGAGAAGGGCAUUGCGUUGCGAGGGAUUCUUUUGGACUGGGCUAGAUGGAUGGACUCUCAGGACGCGCCGUUUGACGCCUUCAGCGCGCGGUCCAUUACCGUGCGCGAGCUGGAUGCCGUGGCGGCCUGGCAAGGCCUGUGCGGGAACUGGUCCAGGCCUGGGGACUUUCUCGUCAUCCGCACGGGCUGGGUCAGGCAGUACCAGACGCUGAACCAGACGGGCCGGGCUCUCCUUCCGAUCGGUGACGGAUUUUCGGUGGGAAUGGAGUCCAGCGAGGACUCGCUGCGGUGGCUCUGGGACAAGAAGCUCAGCCUGGUCGGCGCCGACAACCCGGCGUUUGAAAGUACGCCGUUCAACAUGACCAUCGAUGGCGAGGCCAGGUCUCUCCACCAGGUUUUCAUCGGUGGCUGGGGUCAGAGUAUAGUCGAGUUCCUCGACCUAGAAAAGCUGGCGCCGCUGCUACACCAGCUGAAACGGUCGACCUUCUUCGUUACCAUCCAAAACCUCAAUGUUGUGAGCGGUAUUGCGUCGCCGCCCAACGCGAUGGCUAUUGUAUAA